AUGACGCCCGACGCGGCCUUCGCGCUGGAGAUCGCCGUGGUGGCCGGCCUGGUGGCGCUCAUCGUCGCCAUCGUCGUGGCCUCCUCGGGCGCCUGCCGCGACCCCGCGGCCGGCCCGGGGCGCGCCGCCGCGGUGCACGACGUCGAGCGCGUGCUCGGGGCCGACACGCUCGUGACGUACGGCCAGGCGAGGGCGGCCCUGAAGGGCAGGAGGGCGUCGCCGUCGGCGGAGGGGGAGGAGGAGGAGGCGCCGCCGUCCUGCGCCCUCUGCCUGUCGGAGUACGCCGGGGGCGAUGAGCUGGUGCGGGUGCUGCCGGCGUGCGGUCACUUCUUCCACGCGGAGUGCGGCAUCGACUGGUGGCUCCGGAGGCGCGGCACGUGCCCGUACUGCCGCGCUGAGCUGCGGCCGCUGCCGAGGCCGCCGCGCUCGCAGUGCCCGCCGAUGCCGCCGCGAGCGGGCGGCGCCACGGUGGGCUGGUAG